AUGUCACUAAGCUCCGCCCAUGCUCCAAGUCAGGCCCAGAGCUUAAAAUACCAAAGAGGAUUGUCAGAGAACUACAGGAAGGAAUGGGACAAGGUUGUAGUCUUUCACAGCCCCCGGAAGACUUCCCAGAACGGACCCAUGCCCAAACUACCCAGAACGGACCCAUGCCCAGACUUCCUAGAACAGGUACAUGCCCAGACAGACCAAUGCCCAGACUUCCCAGAAUGGACCCAUGCCCAGACUUCCCGGAAUGGACCCAUGCCCAGACUUCCCAGAAUGGACCCAUGCCCAGACUUCCCAGAACGGACCCAUGCCCAGACUUCCCAGAACGGACCCAUGCACAGACUUCCCAGAACGGACCCAUGCACAGACUUCCCAGAAUGGACCCAUGCACAGACUUCCCAGAACGGACCUAUGGCUAGACUUCCCAGAAUAAACCCAUUCCCAGACUUCCCAGAACGGACCCAUGCACAGACUUCCCAGAACGGACCCAUGCCCAGACUUCCCAGAAUGGACCCAUGCCCAGACUUCCCAGAAUGGACCCAUGACCAGACUUCCCAGAACGGACCCUGCCCAGACUUCCCAGAACGGACCCAUGCACAGACUUCCCAGAACGGACCCAUGCCCAGACUUCCCAGAACAGACCCAUGCCUAGACUACCCAGAAAGGACUCAUGCCCAGACUACUCAGAACGGACCCAUACCCAAACUUCCCAGAACGGACCCAUGCCCAGACUUCCCAGAACGGACCCAUGCCCAGACUUUCCAGAACGUACCCUGCCCAGACUUCCCAGAACGGACCCAUGCACAGACUUCCCAGAACGGACCCAUGCCCAGACGGACUCAUGCCCAGACUACCCAGAACGGACCCAUGCCCAAACUUCCCAGAACGGACCCAUGCCCAGACUUCCCAGAACGGACCCAUGCCCAGUCUUCCCAGAACGGACCCAUGCCCAGACUACCCAGAACGGACCCAUGCCCAGACUUCCCAGAACGGACCCUGCCCAGACUACCCAGAACGGACUCAUGCCCAGACUUCCCAGAACGGACCCUGCCCAGACUACCCAGAACGGACUCAUGCCCAGACUACCCAGAACGGACCCAUGCCCAGACUUCCCAGAACAGACCCUGCCCAGACUUCCCAGAACAGACCCAUGCACAGACUUCCCAGAACAGACCCAUGCACAGACUUCCCAGAAUGGACCCAUGCACAGACUUCCCAGAAUGGACCCAUGCCCAGACGGACUCAUGCCCAGACCCAUAA